AUGUCAUCACGGGAGGGGGCGGAGCCUCCUUCCAACGGUGGCCAAACGGAUAGUCGUCUGAAGAGCAAGAAGCCACCCAGCCUUGUGAUCGCGAUCCCUCCACCUGAGGAGAUGAUGUCCCGGGGCUCCGCUAAACAGCCGCUGCGGCCGUCUCUGAAAAACAGCACAAGUGGUCCAGCGACUGGUUCUGUGUCAGAGAGCGCUGCUGGAGACGGAGGCUUCUCGUCCAGAGAGAGAAGGGCCAAGUUUGGUCGACAAACGUCACUUUCCCAAAGCAUCCGCAGGAACACGGCCCAGUGGUUCGGGGUGGGCGAGGACUGUGAGACCAAGCAGCAGGUAUGGCACAGGAAGAGCCUGCACCACUGCAGCCAGCGCUACGGCAAGCUGAAGGCCCAGUACAGAGAGCCGGAGACGGCCAGCAGCAUCGACCAGAGCCUGGAAUCACCAGCCGCUCACAGGAUGCCCAAGAUCGUGGACCCCCUGGCGCGGGGACGAGCUUUCCGCUGCCCAGACGAGGUGGACAGCCGCUCCCCCAGGACACCUCACACCACCCCGGGGGUUCCCGCCACUCCGGGGGUCACCUCCCUCAGCUCCUUCACCAGCCAGCGCUCCGGAUACAGCCGCUUCCCCAGGCGGAAGAGGGAGUCGGUCGCCCGCAUGAGCAUCAGAGCCGCAUCCAACCUGCUGAGGGGUCGCAGCGGCUUGGCGGGCUCUCAGACUGGUCGCAGUUUUCCCCGGAGGAGCUUUGCGAGGCCCAGCUGGAUGGACGAAGACACUGUGGAUUCUGCUGAUGCUUCUGAGUCACUUUUCUUCAGUAAGGUUGAUGCUCAUGAUGAGUUUUACUCCAUGGCCGACGAUGUCUUUGAAUCACCCCCCAUAUCAGCCGCUUUCGGUCCAGGCGACACGCCUGACCAGAGGUUCCCAAGCCUUAAGGACAUUUCCCGGACUCCCAGGACGCCCGUCACAGUGCCUGAAAAGAGCCAACACCGCCGUGGCCGCCGCAUCGCGUCCCAAGUGAAGCACUUUGCGUUUGACAGACACAAGCGUCAUUAUGGGAUGGGCGUUGUUGGGAAAUGGCUGAAUCGCCACUAUCGACGCAGCCUCAGCAGCAACGUCCAGAAGCAGCUGGACGACUUCCACAGCCACAGGCCCUACUUUACCUACUGGAUUACAUUUGUUCACAUAGUUAUCACACUGCUGGCCUGCUGCACCUACGGUUUUGCCCCUGUUGGGUUUGCACAGCAUUCAAAGACUGAACUGGUGCUGAAGAACAAAGGCAUUUACGAGAGCGUGAAGUACAUUCAACAGGAGAACUUCUGGAUCGGUCCGAGAUCUGAUGAUCUGAUCCACCUGGGGGCAAAGUUCUCGCCCUGCAUCCGACAGGAUGAGCAGAUCGUCGACCUGAUCCAAAGAGCCAAAGACCUGGAAAGAGAGUCCGGCUGCUGCGUCCAGAAUGACAACUCUGGAUGUGUGCAGACGCACAAGAUUGACUGCUCUGAAACCCUUGCCACUUUCUUUAAAUGGAACAAUGAGCAGGUCAUGAACAUGAGCAGGUCUUCUGGUUCCGUCUGCCAUCAGGAUCCCAGAGUGUGUUUGGCGCCCGCCUCUCAAGUGCCUCACACGUGGCCGGACGAUAUCACCCAGUGGCCGGUGUGUACGUCUCCUAAAAAGUGGAAUCACACAGGCCACAAACACAUGGACUGUAACAUCAAGGGGCGGCCGUGCUGUAUAGGAACAAAGGGCAGAUGUGAGAUCACGACCAGAGAGUACUGCUCUUUCAUGCACGGUUACUUCCAUGAAGAGGCCACACUCUGCUCGCAGGUCCAUUGUCUGGAUGAUGUGUGCGGCUUGUUGCCUUUCCUCAACCCUGACAUUCCCGAUCAGUUCUACCGCCUCUGGCUCUCUCUCUUCCUCCAUGCUGGGCUGUUACACUGCGCGGUGUCAGUGGUGUUUCAGAUGACCAUCCUCAGAGACCUGGAGAAGCUGGCCGGCUGGGUCCGCAUCUCCAUCAUUUACGUCCUCAGCGGCAUCACUGGCAACCUGGCCUCAGCGCUGUUCCUGCCCUACAGAGCAGAGGUGGGUCCGGCGGGGUCUCAGUUCGGCCUCCUCGCCUGCCUCUUCGUCGAGCUGAUCCAGGGCUGGCAGAUGCUGGAGAAGCCGUGGAACGCCUUCCUCAAGCUGCUGGGCAUCGUCUUCUUCCUCUUCCUGUGCGGCCUCCUGCCCUGGAUCGACAACAUCGCCCACAUCUUCGGCUUCCUGAGCGGCCUGCUGCUCUCCUUUGCCUUCCUGCCCUACGUCACCUUCGGGACGUUCGACAAGUACCGGAAGCGCAUCCUCAUCGUCGUGUCCAUGCUGGCCUACAUCGGGCUCUUCUCCUCCCUCUUCGUCUGGUUUUAUAUCUACCCCAUCAACUGGCACUGGCUGGAGCACCUCACCUGCCUGCCCUUCACAAACAAGUUCUGUGAAAAGUACGACAUCGACCACGACAUCGACCACGUGGUGCACUAGUCUCUCGGCUGCACGCCAGGGCUUUUCUGACAUUGUGGCAGUUAUAGUUUCCUCAUCAAGGAUCCGUUCAGAGUCCAUGCGAGUGAAGCUGGAUCCGUCUUUUCUCAGCCUCCUAACUCGUUUACUAAAAGUUAUUUAACCUCCUCAACCCUCAGUCAAGUCUGAAUCUGAAGACAUGAACAUAAACUCAGGACAUUAAAGCCACAUCGAGCUGAAUGGGCCCCAGCGAUAAUAUUUAGACAACACCAGUCUCUGGUUUCCAGAUCUGAAGGACAAACAUCUGAGGGGAAGCAGAUAUCGUAACUGAGAUUUAUCGGAUGAAUCCUUCCACAAAUGUUCUGUACUCAACACUGCAAAAGCUGCCAUUCAUUUCUCCUACUUCUGUUUUAACUGUGCUGGUUUUACGUCUUCAUUUGACAUGUUGAUCUUCUUUAGAGCAGAGGUGUCAGAAUCAUUUCAGUCCAGAGUCCACAUGCAGCCUGAUUUCACCCUGAGUUGGACUCACAGUAAAAAAAAACUAACAAGAAGUGACAUUUUCCUUUAUUCCUGACUAGUUGUUUCUCUGGUUUUGUUGCAUCCAAAAUGCAAAAAAAAUACUCAAGUCUGCACUUAAUUUGGUAAAUCCUGCAGAAAGAUGUGAAAUUGUCAUGCUGUUUACACAGUUAUGACUGCAGAAACUCGUUCAUCACCGAUCUCUCAGCUGGAGUAUAAAUGCUGCGUCACAUCGACUCCUCAUCAAAUUCAUUGUUUUCAUUGAAAAAUCUAAGUUGCUUAAUGUUUUCUUUUUAUAUUUCACACUUAUAAAGUAAACCAUUGCAUCUUCUGACACCCCUGCUUCAGAGCAGAAAACAUGGAUGAGUAUUAACUGUCUGGCUGAAAAAAAAACAUCAGUUUUGAAAUAAGGCAAAAUUUCUCUUGAACCACUUGCUGCCUUAAACAAACUCUGCUGUUUUACAAAGAUGUCUCACUCUACCUUUUCAUACUGCUCUCCUCCCACUGACAUGUUUCUGACCAAACUGUACCAAAGCAACUUCUUCCUGCUGCUUUUAUCUGCUCACAGGCGCAACACCGGCACUUUCCCGUGCAACCUCCUGCACUAAUACGUUUUCAAUCGAACUCAGUCCAGUCGGAUUUAUCAGUAGACACAGUGGUGCCUAAAGAGCAUGUUAGGAGCGUAAUAUCUAUUCUGGGAAUGUAACCAAACCUUUGUUUUCUUUGUUGGAAUAAAUAAAGUUUUGUGUGCUUUUUUUUUUUUUUUUUUGGACUCUGUGAAAACAGACGGUCAUAUAAACUGUUUCUCUGUCACCUUUGAAAGGCUUUGAAAUACAUCACCUUCUGACUGUCACACCAUCCAGGACUGAUUGUCUGAAGCCUGGCUAAAGCUCCGUCCUCUGCAAUUUGUUCUUUACACACGUUUCACUUCCCUCACUGCUCGAGUUGCAGUCCUUGAGGCUGAUGUUGAAAUAUGUUCCUGACAAUGUGAUGAGUGUAACUGUAGGAUGUGAGACGCCCUGAAACAGUCCUCACAUCACUGGCAUGAAGUGUUUCCAUGUUUGUUGGUUAGAAUUUGGGUUUUUUGGGAGCCCCCUUUUUGACAAUCGUAGUUGUGUUUGGAGGAUAUUUGUUUCAGUUAACUUGACUGAGUGACGUUCAGCACGGUUUUGUAUUUUAGGAAACCUCUUUACUGUGCCUUUUGAUAUGCGUGCAUGUGAAUAUGUGAGCUGAAUCACAACGAUCCCCUGUCCACCGCCAUUUCUACAGGAAGCAGCCACACUGCAGUGUUUGCAUCGGGACCAAAUGAGUUCACCCUUUUUACUGUUUAAUAUAAUAAAGAAGGGAAACUUUAAAAUAUAAUACAAACUGUGGU